CAGCAGCGACCAAAUCCCCGCCAUCAUGACGACGAUUGAAGGAAACAAUGCCGUGCUUCACACGGGAGCCAAGAUGCCUUUGGUAGGCCUGGGUACCUGGAAGUCCAAGCCUGGACAGGUGGAAACGGCUGUCAAGGUGGCCCUUGAAGCUGGAUACCGUCACGUUGACUGCGCUGCCGUGUAUGGCAACGAGGCUGAGGUUGGCCAAGGUCUCAAGGCCGCUUUUGACAGCGGCAUUGCGCGAGAGGACGUCUUCAUCACCAGCAAGCUUUGGAACAGCGUGCACAAGCCCGAGCUCGUGCGUGGUGCCUGCGAGCAGACUCUCAAGGAUCUUGGUCUGUCGUACCUGGACCUGUAUCUGAUUCACUGGCCCACGGGCUUCAAGGCGGGCGAUGACAAGUUCCCUCGUGAUGCCGACGGCAACCUCAUUUAUGAUGAGACGCCCCCCGUGGACACAUGGAAGGCCAUGGAGGAGCUCGUUGAUGCCGGUCUUGUCAAGGCCAUUGGCUUGUCCAACUUCAACUCGCUCCAGAUCAAGGAGGUGGUGGAAAACGCGCGCAUCAAGCCAGCCGUCUUGCAGAUUGAGAGCCACCCGUACUUUCAGAACACCAAGCUGAUUGACUUUUGCAAGGCACACAACAUUGUAUCUACCGCCUACAGCCCCUUGGGCUCACCUGACCGACCUUGGGCCAAGGAAGACGAGCCCAAGCCCUUGGAUGAUGCCAAGCUGAAGGAGAUUGCCGAAAAGUACAAAAAGUCGCCUGCUCAGAUUUGCAUCAAGUUCCAGGCGCAGCGCGGUGUGGUUGUCAUCCCCAAGUCGGUGACGCCGGCGCGCAUCAAGGCCAACUUUGAAGUCUUUGACUUCACCUUGACUGACGAUGAGAUGAAGGCCAUUGCUGCCUUGGAUCGUGGCUUCCGUGCCUGCAUGCCCACCAAGGAGGUUGAUGGCAAGGUUGUGCCUCGUGAUCGCGAGCACAAGUACUAUCCUUUUGAUGCUGAGUUUUAAAGUGAUUCCGGUCGUAUGACGCCGUGUUGUCGUCACAUCCACACCACCCAUGGUCUCCUUUCUUGUUUUGCUCGUUUUCAAGGCAACUGAAUUGAUCCACCCAAAGGAC